AUGAGUCGCGGAGAAGAAGUCUACAAGUCCAGAACCACUGCUUAUGUGAUAGCAUCUUGGGUUCUGGCAGCCUUUGGAGGCCUGAUGUUCGGUUAUGAUAUCGGGAUCUCAGGUUUGUUCUUUUCCAGUUUCGUUCUGUUUGAUUACCGAGAAAACACAAAGGAAAAUCACAUUGAAAACAAGAAAAUCAGGGGCCUGGUUUGGAUCUUAAUUUUCUGA